AUGCCACUGAAAGGACUGAUUCCAUCAAAUUUUAGUUUUUACGAUGAUGACUCUAUUUUAAAGGCAGCCAUGAUUUAUGAUAAAAAUCUUACAUAUAGUGACAGUUCAUGUCUUAGAGCUGAACUACAUAUGUGGAGAUGUCAGUGGUAUAAUAAGGAUGACAAACCACAAUCAGUUAUUGAUACACUACCUCACUGUACAAAUCUAUUACCAAACAUCCAGGUGCUGUUAAGACUGUUUGCCACAUUGCCAAUUACUUCUGCUACACCAGAGAGAACAUUUUCAACAUUGAAACGUUUGAAAUCCUACUUAAGAUCAACCAUGACAGAGGAACGUCUUAAUGGAUUAGCUUUAGCAAAUAUAAACAAAAAAGAAAAUCUGACCGAAUUGGAAGUUAUACAACAAUUUUCAAAAACAUCACCGAAGCGACUACAAUUAGUAGACUGGACCAAAUAA